CUGUAGUGGUUCACAUAUAUUUAUUCAUUAGGUCAGUGACACCUUUCCUGUUUGUCUGUUGCAAAUGAAUGUGUUGAUAAAGUUUACUUAAAUCAGCCCUUCACACCUGUUUCUAUUUCAGUGAAAUCAGAAAUAGAUGGACGCCAUCUUGGAUAACACAUUAGAAAAAAAAUACUUUAUUUAAACCAAGCUCUUAUUGUGAAGGAAUUGCUGAAUGUAUCUAUCCUGCAGCAGGUCAAAGGUCACACAGGAAGCGCUUCUGCAUCAGAUUUUCGAACCUGGCAUUCUGUCUUUGGAAUUAAUUUUGGUGACUAAGCAGCAGCUGAAAUGUCUUUAACUCUCAAUCAUCAGGCAAAAACUCAAUAAACAUUACAGGAUCAGACAAAACCAAAACCAACCAAAUCUAUUAAAUAUCAGUUCUUUAUAUUAUCAGUUAUGGCAGAGAGUGAGACUGUGAACUGUGAUUCAGAAGUUUUCAGCAGUCAAGAAAUUGAGUUCAGAGAGUUUUUUAUCAAACGAACCUGGAUAAAAAUAACUCAGUCACAGAGUUAAUUAUAGAACAGUUGCUUCACGUUUGUUUUUAGCUGUAACAUUAAAAGGUUUGCUUGAAAUUCAGCUGCGAGAGAGGAAAUAUAAUAAAAUCAUAUUCUGAUGGUAGAUGAGACAUAAUAUAGCAAGAAUAUUGUAAAAUACAGAAUGAUAAUAAAUACCAGGGAGCAGAUGUGAUGGUUAAAGACAAAGUCUGCAGAGAUUCAUCAAAAUCAUCUCCAAAUGACCUGAUGCAGGACAGUGACCAUCAGUAAGUGAGGAACUGAACCUUCACACCUCCUGGUGGAUCAGGUUAGUGUGUGAAAGCAACAUUGUGAAGUAGUUUGGGUGGAGACAACUUAAUACUAUUUAGCCUAAUGGAGAAGAAGAUGUGCAGAACAAUGGUGUCAUGUUGGUGGAUGGAUGGAGGAGAGCUGAUGUGUGCAGUGGAUGAAGCAGCUGCUCUGCACACACAGAGCAGACGACCCACUCCACCAUCUGAGCCAGAACCAGAACUGGACGGGAGCUGGCUCCCCAGAGAGGAGCUGGGAGGAGCUCUAGAACCUCUAGGAACCAGUAGUAGUUUACAAGCGUCCGUCGUCCUGACAGAGGCUUCACCAGUAGGUUCACGGGUAAACAGAGCGGUCACCUCACCUGCAUUUGCUUGCAUUUUGUCUGUCACUAAAACAGUCCAGAGCUGUAAAUACAGCCAUGAAGACGACAGCACUAAUUUGUUCAGAUAUGUCUGAGCUUUUAAAAAGAAGAAUUUGUGACUGCAGAUGGUACAACCCAUAUUUUAUGCUGCAGUUCAACCUAUAUGAGGACUGUUCUGGGCCAGAUUCAUAGUCUCGGCCACAGAAAAAGGUCACACUUAUAGUGUGUAAAGACCCAUCGACUGUACGGCUUUACAGUAAGGAAGGAGGUGAGGAAUGUUACGAGUGGGGGGAGGCUGUCACCCUCCUCUCCUCACACAGAUACAGGAAGCAUUACAUCAUUCUCCCCUGAGAGAUGCUGCUGUUGCUAGGUAACCGCCAGCUGACUCCCUGAUCCAUUUUUAGACAAAGAGGAAGAGACAGGAUGGGGGGGGGGGGAUGACUGCACAAUAAGAAAAAAGGCAAAUAAUGAUGUGAGGUGCGUCUGAGUCAAACCAGUCUGCACUCGUAUCAUAGUGAUGAGGUGCACGUCUGAAUGGGCUCCAGUAAAAUGUUCAGCUGCUUCAGUGUUGUUCUGUUCCUGUGCUUUGAAUGAAGGUUGAUUUUGAUGUGCGUGCGUGUGUGUGUGCGUGUGUGCGUGUGUGCGAGUCUGUGUGCGUGUGAGUGUGCGUGCGUGUGUGUGCGUGUGAGUGUGUGUGUGUGUGUGUGUGCGUGCGUGCGUGCGUGCGUGCCUUUGUGUGUGUGUGCGUGUGUGCAUGUGUGUGUGUGCGUUUGAGUGUGCGUGCGUGCGUGCAUGCAUGCGUGCGUGUUAAGCCUUGGGUUAGGGUUCAGCUCCUGGAUCUCUUGCUAGUUAAGUCAAGGAUUCUGGAUUUAAGAGACUGACAGAGUCAUGGCGUCUCAGGACAACACGUCCACCUUCAGGAGGUUUUUUCAGUAUGUGGAGGACAGCGGACUUCGAACCUAUGAUGGUUUGGUUAUUCAAAAUGCCUCCGAUAUUUCCAGGGAGAGCGACCGCAUGCGUAACCAAGCGAACUGGGCCUAUCUGCAGGAAAAACACCAGAAGAAGAGACGCCAGGAAGAAGCCAUCAAGAGAAUUGGUGAAGACGUUGCUAUGGCAACCGAGGGGGCAUACUCCGGGAAACACUUCAGGAUGGGUUUCAUGACCAUGCCUGCGCCACAGGAUCGGCUGCCUCCGCCCAGCCAGGGCUUCACCGUACGAUCCCAGUCCCUGCACUCGGUGGGCGGAGGCGACGACGACUCCAACCCCGGCCGGAGACAGCCCCCACCCAAACCCAAGAGAGACCCCAACACCAAGCUCAGCAGCAGCUCCGAGACGGUGGAUGGGGGCUCUGGCUUCACGAAGAGCGACCAGCAAGAGACCAAAGAGACAUCGGAGCAGGCAGAAGGGCGAUGUCACCACAUCACCGAGGACAACAAACGGAUGCCCCCACCGAAGCCCAAGAGGAACCCAAACACCCAGCUCAGCACCUCCUUUGACGAGUCCUACAUCCGUAACCAUGGCAACAGGAAGUCUUCCCUGCGAUGGGACAAGUCUUCUUCUCAGAGUCAGAGCCCGGCAUCCAGAGAUACGGACGACGAGGAGCCGGUCUACAUCGAGAUGGUGGGAAACAUCCUGCGAGAGCUGAGAGGUCAGGACGGCGCGGAGGACGACCAGAGCGAGGCUGUGUACGAGGAGAUGAAGUACCCCAUGCUGGAGGACUUCCUCCAGGACACGCACGCCGCCAUCAUGGACCCCGAGGCCUGGCUGUCCCGCGAGUCCCUCUGCGACAUCCCUGCUCCGUUCCCCAACCUGCUGACUCACCGCCCCCCGCUGCUCGUCUUCCCCCCCGCCCCCGCCCAGUGCUCCCCCAACUCUGACGAGUCUCCGCUCACGCCCCUGGACGUCACGCGCCUGCCCAUGUUGGACAACGUGUCCUACAGCAAAGGCGGCGGCGCAGAGCCCCCUCCCAGCUCCACCCACCACCGCAAGGAGCGCGACCGAGACAAAGAGCGGGACACGCACACCAUCACGGCGUCCGGCCGCUCCUCAGCUCCACCUCUGCCCUCCAACCUCUACAAGUCCUCUGGGGCCGCCCACGGCGGGCACGGCUACCCCCGCAGCCAGUCGGCGUGCCCGUCCCCCGUCAGCAUGGGCCGAGCCCUGACUCCGCUGAGCCUGAAGAGGCCGCCGCCCUACGACGUCCUCAUGGCCGGAGGAAGCAUGCCCCGCUCUUCAUCCUCCUCCUCGUCAUCCUCGCACAGGGCAGGAGAGAGUGGGGCUAAGCUCAGCAGCUCCUCCUCCACCCAUGGAUCCAUGCAGAACGUGUCCACGCGGUCACAGACUCCAACGAGCCCACUGGAUGAACUCAACAGCCUGUUUGCUUCAGGCAGACAGAUGACAAAGAGAGGUUCAGGAGGCAAGAAGACCCGAGAGGCUGAAGGUGACUGCAGGUCUCUGCCCAGACAUGACAGUAAAGACCGGAGCGGCCAGUCCAGUCCGGCCUCCAGCAGGAAGGGGCGGUCGUCCGUCAGCCCCACCAUGAUGUUAUCUGGAGGAGGUGAGGCCCCACGCGGCCGUGUCCAGGGUUCUGGGCGCCCACCAGCUGACCGCCCGCUCUCUCUCUUCUCUGCAGAGUCCAAGUCCGUGUGUAAACUGGGCCGCUCGGCCUCCACGUCGGGCGUGCCUCCACCCGGCGGGACGGCGCAGCACCACCUGCACGAGCUGCAUCACCCCGUCCUCAGUCAGAUGCCGUGGAUCUGCGGUGACUCCACUAUGAUGGAGAUGAUCGAGAAGAAAAGAGUUUUAUGUCGUGAAAUCAAGGCUCGCCAGCGCCCAGAGAAGAACCUGUGUAAACAGGACAGCAUGCCCAUCCUGCCGAGCUGGAAGAGGAAACAGCCGCCGCCGUACUCGGCUCCGCCCACCGGCCCAGUCUCUGGACAGGCCGCCACCGUGUUCUGGGACACCGCCAUCUGAAGCCGAGCAUGACUCACUGGACCGUGGAGCUCAGACCUGAAGGCUCCUCUGGAACGAGAGCCAGUAACACGUGGACCUUCCUCGUCUGGCAGCAUGUCAUUUAAAAGGUGGUGAUGAUGAAACGAUGGAUGACAGGAAGUGAACUGGACGGUUUCUGGAGUCAGUGAAGUUUGAUCAGUGUGACUCCGGCUUUAACCUAAUGAGGCCUCAGAUCAUGUCACAUGAGGUUUGAGCCCAGAUACAACAGAAAUUAUUCAAGCCAAGAAAUAAAUGUCUCAAAUUCAAAUCUCAAAUCUCAAAUUUUGAUUUCAAUCACAAGAAAAAUAAAAAUGAAGCCAACUUAUAUUAAAACUAUCAGUUAGUUAAUGCACUAAUAAUCAAGAGCGUUUGUAUGUGAAGGUUUUUAUGGGUGAUUAAAUGUGUGGAAAUAAAAAAGACGUGAGCAUUUUGCUAAUGGUCACAUUGACCUGUGACGUGACCUCAGAUGUCACACUAAUAAAAAGCUGAUAAACACAUUCAUCUUUAAUCUUUAAUUUAACGUAAUUAAAAAUGUUUUCACUUCAGUUUAUACGGAGCACAAACGUCUGGUUUUACACAAACACUGUGCAGCGUUGUCGACUGGAGGGAGGAGCGGCUACAAGUCGUGUCUCUUUGUUAUUUUUCUAUAUUACUGUCGAAGACUGAGAUGUUUUUUAAGUUGUUUUGUGUAGCAGAAUGCUGUAAAAAGAAAAAAAUUAUAUAUCUUCUGUGUAAAAAAAGACUAAAUCUAUCAUGAAACACGUUUUUAUAUUUAAAGAGGAUCUGUCACGUUUGACUGUGUGGAGAAAACGUGAUUUUUUUUUAUAUUGAAUAAUCUUUAUGAUGCUAAAAACCUAUUUUAAAAAGAGACUAUUUUGUUGUGUUGUUGGUUGGUUUGAUCUUGUUUAGUGUUCAGGAACCACACUGAUAUUCGGUCCAGAUUGAAUCCAGACAAACUCGUUUGACUGUAAAAUCACCUUCAGACUAGUUUUUAGUCACAAACACACUCACGUCCUGUUUAUGAGGUUCUCACACGUGAGCCUGAUUCGUCAGGUUAUUUAAAGAGUCGUCACUGUCCAGGUCACCAGUCGUUUGUGUUGCUUAAUAUUGAAAUGUUAAGUGUCCAUAGUGUCACAGGUUGUUUGUAAUGUGAAGUGUAUGAGAUAUAAUCUGAAGGUUUCAGAGUCUGACUGACAGAAAACAGACCAAAUGUUCUAAAAUGACACCAAAUAUUAUAUUUUCUAUUUUUAUGUUGUUUAAUUCAUCAACGUUCUAAAACAAUCAGUUAUGAUGUUUCCAUGAAGCCCUGCUGCAGAAUAUUCAGUCUGUACACAGUGAUUUAACACUGACGGUCAGUCAAAGGUAUCAGUCACUGUUUACACAUUAACACGAACAUUCAGUCACUUGGUUUGUCUGAGUUUGUCUCCACAUGAACUGAUCAGAUUUGAUCUGUUUCAUGUGUUUAGAGGGUGAAACAAGACGAUACAAAAAGUAACCAAAACAUUUAUAUUUAGUCGUUUGUCAGAAGCUGAAUUCAGAAAAACUGAACAUGAGGCGACGCGGGUCACAGCUGAUAACAAGUAAAACCAACAGACACUGUGGCGCCAGGUGUGAAUCUCCUGAAGCUGUAACGAGUGAAAACCAGUUUUUUGCUGAUGAUGUGGGUGAAGUGAUGUCUGAUGGAAAAUGAGUGGAAACAAAAAUAAACUCAUGUAACAGCUCGUGA